UCUCCCUCCCCUUGUCGCUAGGCGACGAGAGAGCGCGAACCCGGGGAGGCGCGGGGCGUAAGGGUUACGUUGCGACGCGCACAGGGUUGAGGGCAGAUCCAAGAUGGUGUUGGCGGUGGCCGCAGGGCCGCUGAAGGGCUUGGUGGUGCGGUGCGCGCAGCGGGUGGGGGCGGGGCGAGUCCCGGGACCCCCACGGCGGUGCUUCCAUGGCUCUGCGUCUGUCGCUGCUCAGGUGACUGUCCGUGAUGCUUUAAACCAGGCCUUGGAUGAGGAGUUAGAGAGGGACGAGAAGGUUUUCUUGCUGGGAGAAGAAGUUGCUCAGUACGAUGGUGCAUACAAGAUUAGCAGAGGACUUUGGAAGAAAUAUGGUGAUAAGAGGGUAAUAGAUACUCCUAUAUCAGAGAUGGGCUUUACUGGAAUUGCUGUAGGUGCUGCUAUGGCUGGCUUGAGACCGAUUUGUGAAUUCAUGACCUUCAACUUCUCCAUGCAAGCUAUUGAUCAGAUCAUAAACUCAGCAGCCAAGACCUACUACAUGUCUUCUGGUUUGGUCUCUGUCCCCAUUGUCUUCAGGGGACCAAAUGGAGCCUCGGCAGGAGUAGGAGCCCAGCAUUCCCAAUGUUUUGCAGCCUGGUACGGACACUGCCCGGGACUGAAAGUAGUCAGCCCUUGGAGCUCGGAGGAUGCCAAAGGUCUCCUUAAGGCAUCAGUCCGGGAUAAUAAUCCAGUUGUGAUGCUGGAAAAUGAACUGAUGUAUGGUGUUCCCUUUGAAAUGUCUGAGGAAAUCCUGUCAAAGGACUUCAUUGUUCCUAUUGGAAAGGCUAAAAUAGAAAGAUCAGGAACCCACAUUACCUUAGUGUCUUUCUCACGAUCUGUUGGCCACUGUCUGGAAGCAGCUGCUGUCCUUGCCAAAGAUGGGGUGGAAUGCGAGGUGGUAAAUCUACGUACCAUUAGGCCAAUGGAUAUUGAAACAGUUGAGUCUAGCGUUGUGAAGACAAAUCAUCUUGUAACAGUGGAAGGUGGCUGGCCCCAGUUUGGGGUGGGGGCUGAAAUCUGUGCCAGAAUUAUGGAAGGUCCUGCUUUCAACCACUUGGAUGCACCCGCUGUGCGUGUCACAGGUGCUGAUGUUCCUAUGCCUUAUGCGAAGGUUUUGGAGGAGAACUGCAUACCUCAAGUAAAAGAUAUUAUACUUGCCGUGAAGAAAACACUAAAUAUCUAGGUUGUGUGUAUAUGUUCUUCCAAAGUGAAGUCUAAGUAUUUAUGGAAUGUAUUGUAAGCCAUUGUAUACAGAGCUGCACCUUGUAUAGCCUAUGGGCCUUCUAGGGUAGGGGAAGCAAAGUGAUGCUAGAUACAUGAUCUGUUACAGGGCAUAACUACCUCCCACCCAUCUAAGAAGGAAAUACAAAGUGAGACUAAAAUUGUAAUAAAGUUGUAAUUAUCUAAAGAGCUUUCAUUGUAAGACGGAGUUUCUUGUUUAUCAUUGUAUAAGUGCAAUUGGGCUCUCUAAAUGACUCCCCUAGCUUAUCAAAAGCCAGCUUGUGUUUAUUUUGUAACUUAAAGUUUGAAAUAAAGGGCAUGAAUAAAAACGGGGGAAAUGUGUCCUGUUGGAAGUUAAGUGUUGACCAUUACCAGCAAGUUAUUUCUGUAUUAGACUUAACACAUGGGCUGAAUUUCUAUAAAGUGUGUUAGACUAACUGUGCUAGAAAAGCUGCAACAUAGUUUUAAAUGGACACCUCUAAACUGAUGAGAAGGCAACGUUAGGCAAAUCACUUUCUAGACCAUGGAUUCUCAACGUUGGGUCCUCAGAUGUUAUUGGACUUCAACUCCCAUAAUCCCCAACCUGGUUGGGGAUUAUGGGAGUUGAAGUCCAAUAACAUCUGGUGGCCCAACGUUGAGAACCCCUGUUCUAGACAACUAGACUUUCAGAGUGUCGUGGCAUUCUCCAUUGAUACACAAACUGAAGAUUGGGUAGUACUGUUCCAUAAAGCAUUAAGCUGAUGUCUUCCAUUCAAACAUUAAUGAAAUUUAAUUGCCACAUAUUUUAAUAAAAAUAUGACUUGAGUAUAUCACAGGUUACAUGAACUCUUAUACACAAUGACAUUCUCUGCAUAGUAACAAACACUGAUGUGUACUUGACUUUAAAAUGGAUUACUAAUAAUCCUUUAAAGUGCAAUUUAAGGGUUUCAACAAAUCAGAAAAGGACAUUUUCCACUAAAUCAACAUUAAAUUAUAUAGCUCUUUUGUUAUUCCCACCUCAAUAAUACAUCUCACAAUGUUAAAUUUUGUUUGGGGGAAAUAUGCCACUUCUUCCCCCUUCAAGUGUAAAUCUCAACACUAGAUUAUCCCCGAAACUAGUUAUUUCCCAAAUAGUACUUUUCCCCUUACAAGUAUAGUCCUGUCAGAUGUUUCAGCAAUAUUCAAAUAAACCAUUGCCUAAAUCAGUAUUUUGCAGGGAUGAACAGUGGGAGAGAACAAACGAAGUCUCUCACCAUUGUUAUAAUUUUCAGAUUAAGUGAAUGUUUACCAUAGCUAAGCCAAAUCACUAACUCAACAUAAUAUCUAUGUGGCAGAUUUAGAUGUUUGGAAGCUAUUGGAACCACAUCUUGGCUAAGGAACUGUAAUUUCUGAGCUUUCCAUUCUGAUUUGAUUAGAAAAAGACUGCCUACUCAGAACAAAAAAAAUAUCCCCAAAAGAGUUCCUUUAAACUGGAAUUGACACUUUUUGCCCCACCCUCCUUGGCAAUUUAAGUUGACAGUGCUGCUACUCAUGAAGAGAGAAUGUUCUAGAAAGCUUGAAAUGGCUCUUAACAAGCAGCGGCUAAAUCAAACUUAUCUGAGAAGAAGUUGUUCCUAGAACACACAGAGAAAGUAGACCCAAGCUGGGUUGGUGUAAACAGUUUCAGCUGACUCUGGGAGCACUGUAGUCACAGGUUUCUGUUUUCUUCAAAGCUCCUUUCCGGAAAUUCUGAAUGGAGCUAAGUAAGGCGCCGCGGCUUGUGCUGUUAACAGGCCGUGGAUCAGGCUGCAUUGGCACAUCCAAGUUAGGAGGGGGAGGGGGAGCUGCUGGUGGUGGAGGUGGUGAAGGAAUUGUUGAGGCUCCUGCUGUGGAGAAAUAUAAAAAGUCAAGAGCUGAACUGCACUAGAAUGUGGUGCUGCUUGGCAAAAUUGACACAAACAGAUGAAUAGAACUGCCAAAAGCAUAAAAGAAAAGAAAUGAGUAAAGUAAAGAGUCAUGCAACAUGAUUUUUCAGAUUUUUAAGUCAUAAGAGUGCAGGCAUACUGGAGAAGGAUGAAGACAGACACUGUAAUUACAUUAAACUGUUCUCUGUAGGCAUGGGGACUAGUAACUGGAGGAGGAAAAAUUGCAUUCUCAUUUCAGGAGCAUUCAGAAAAAGAAUGCCUACAGGUUGACCACACUGUCAAAGAAAUUCUAUACAGCUGUGGUGUUUGGCUCUUAUUCUCUUGGGAGUUAUCUGAGAAUUUAUAAGAUUAAUCUGUGUUCUGAACAAGCUGGUUUAUCUCUGAGCCAUGAUCUAUUGCCCAUGGGCAUGUCCAAACUUUCUAGAUAAAGUAAAGCAGCAUCACAAGAGGUCUACACUCAGACUAUGAAUCUGUAUAAACCGUGCAGCGCACUCCUAACUUACAUGGUUACGACAGACUGGUCUUUUUACUAGAUGAAAGAUGAUGCUUAACAGCCACUUUAUACUUCAUUUUUCCUACUCUGGUUAAGGAAAAUAUAUACACCAUCAUGUGAGAGUUACACAUGGGCAUUUGUCACACUGUGUGUAUAUAAGCAAUAAUACAAAGUAGAGUGAUUUCUCCACUAUGUGCAUGCAGGAAAGUGUUAUUUGAUUCAGGAUUCUCUCUGGAACUGCUCACUUGGAGCAUAUUACACCUAUUUUGAAAGAGCUGCACCGGCUGCCAAUUUGUUUCCGGAUCCAAUUCAAGGUGCUGGUUGUUACCUUUAAAGCCCCUUAAUGGUUUGGGUCCUGGAUACAUGAAGGAUCACGUGCUCCCAAAAAUUUCUGCCCACCCAACAAGGUUGUCAGAGGGGCGUUUGCUCUGUGCAGCAAUGUUGAGAGAGGCUAAAUUGUCAUGCACACGGGACUCAGUUGUUGCCCCCAGGCCCUGGAAUGCUCUCCUAGUGAAUGUCCACUCUGUGACGUCUGUGGUGGCUUUUAAAAAACAACUGAAGACCUUUUAUUUAUUCAGGCUUUUACCCCUUUGGGGCUGCUGGGGUCUCUGAGUUUUCCUGCUUCUGUUUGUCUUUUUUAUGGUUGUUUUUUGGUGUUAUGGUUUUUACUGUUGAACUGAUUUUAAGGUUUUAAAUAUGGUUUUUAUGGAGUUCUAUUGUAUUUUAACUUCUGUAAACUGCCUUGGGAUGUUUUAUGAAAGGUGGUAAAAAAAUUGAGCAACAAACAAAUACCAUUUAUAAACCACUUGAUAUGAAACAAAUAUCUCCAGGCUGUUUACAUAAAAUAAAAUAGUGUGUGAAUUCAUUGAACCCCACCUCCUUAGUUACUCUGCACAUAAAUUAUUCUUUUGAUUAUCUUUGUCAUAAAAAUAAACGUUUAUUCUAUCAACAA